GAUUUGGUUUGACUCCCUGAUUAUUAUGAUGAUGUGUAUUUUUUUAAAUGAUUGUUCUUUUUUUUCUGCAGGCGAAAUGGAGCCGUCACCCACAUUAAGAUCCAGAACACAGGAGACUACUACGACCUCUACGGCGGGGAGAAGUUUGCCACUCUGGCGGAGCUGGUGCAGUAUUACAUGGAGCAUCACGGCCAGCUGAAAGAGAAAAACGGAGACGUCAUCGAGCUCAAGUAUCCGCUCAACUGUGCGGACCCCACCUCAGAGAGAUGGUUCCAUGGACACUUGUCAGGCCGGGAGGCCGAGAAGCUGCUGACGGAGAAAGGGAAGAACGGCAGUUUCCUGGUGAGAGAGAGUCAGAGCCACCCCGGGGAUUUUGUCCUGUCGGUGAGGACAGGAGACGACAAGACGGACAGCAGUGACAGCAAACCCAAAGUCACUCACGUCAUGAUCCGCUGCCAG